AUGAAUGGUAUUGAUAAUAAGCGCAGCAACCGGCCUGGAGACGGAGUCGUGAAUUUGAAUUUUCCACCUGGACUGUCAGCCGUAAUGGUCUCACGCGGUGACCUAGACGAGAAAGAUGAAGACAGAUAUGAAGACAUGUGCUCACUGCUCUCGUACUGCGUGAUCAUCGCAAACGCGGCGUUCAUGCCAAAUAUAGAUACAAAGUCUUGGCCUCGAAGCGUUCAUGCCAAGUAUAGAUACGAAGUCUUGGCCUCGAAAGACAACCAGGACGUAGCGUUCAUUCCAAGGAUAGACAACCAGGACGUGGCAUUCAUGCCAAGUAUAGAUGCGAGUGCAACACCCUCCACUCACGCUGAUGGGACUCCGUUACUGAGUCUUACACAACCACCCCCGAUCCCCGUUAUCAUCAUACAGAACAACUACAUUGCGGAGGGGGGAACCAUUAACAUACUUUCAAGUAACUCCAACGGCUCCACCGUGACCAAGUUAGAUCACGCUGCACUGACGGCAGAGCCCACGCCCUUGAGCCCUCCGUUGGUAAACCAGCAAGAACCAGAGGAGCACUGUCAUGGAAGUGUGGUGUUGAGCGGUAACACGUUUGGCGAAUGCGUCAUGAUAAAUGUAGCAUCGCCAAAUUGCACCGGAGCUAUUAAACAAACUGCUCUUGCGUCCCGAAUCGACCGCAACAUUUAG